CACCCUCCACCCCCCCUCCAGUCAGACUGAAAGUUGUCUCGGCUCGGAGAAGCUGGGAGCCGGGGUCUGCUAGUUUCCGCCGCCGCUGCUUCGCACUCUUUCUCCCGGAGAGAUGAGGCGGAAGGAGAAGAGGCUGCUGCAGGUCGCCGGGCUGCUCAUAGCGGCUCUUCUGUUCCUCCCCAACGUCGGGCUGUGGUCUUUGUACCGGGACCGGGUCUUCGACAACUCGCCCGACACCGUGGACGGUCCGGGCGGCAUCCCGCAGAUACAGGGGGUGAACCGGGGGGGGAAGGACGCCCAGGUGGGACGCGAUGGCGAGCGGAGGAGAGACUGGCACGACCAGGAAGCGAUCAGAAGGGAUUCCUCUCGAUCCGGUAACGGUGAACAGGGGAAAGCGUUCCCACUCACCGACGCUGACCGGGUGGACCAGGCCUACAGGGAGAACGGGUUCAACAUUUACGUCAGCGACCGGAUCUCCCUCAACCGCUCCCUGCCAGACAUCCGCCACGCCAACUGCAAAACGAAGCUGUACGCGGAGAAGCUGCCCAACACCAGCAUCAUCAUCCCGUUCCACAACGAGGGCUGGUCGUCGCUGCUGAGGACCGUCCACAGCGUGCUCAACCGCUCCCCCCCACAGCUCAUCGCCGAGGUCAUCCUGGUCGACGACUUCAGCGACAAAGAGCACCUGAAGGCGGCGCUGGAGGAGUACAUGAUGCGCCUGCCGAAGGUUCGCAUCCUGAGGACGAAGAAGAGGGAGGGGCUGAUCAGGACUCGUCUGCUGGGAGCCGGCGCUGCUAAAGGAGAAGUCAUCACCUUCCUGGACUCCCACUGUGAGGCCAACGUCAACUGGCUGCCUCCACUGCUGGACCGAAUCGCCCAGAACAGGAAGACCAUCGUGUGUCCGAUGAUCGACGUCAUCGACCACGACAACUUUGGCUACGAGACGCAGGCGGGGGACGCCAUGCGAGGGGCGUUUGACUGGGAGAUGUACUACAAACGCAUACCCAUACCGCCGGAGCUGCAGAAGGACGACUCCAGUGAGCCCUUCGAGUGGUUCUGGGAGCUGGGAGGAUAUGACACGGGUCUGGAGAUCUGGGGAGGAGAGCAGUACGAGAUCUCCUUCAAGGUGUGGAUGUGUGGUGGUCGGAUGGAGGACAUCCCUUGCUCCAGGGUGGGACACAUCUACAGGAAGUACGUCCCCUACAAAGUUCCUGGGGGGGUCAGCCUGGCCAGGAACCUGAAGCGCGUGGCGGAGGUGUGGAUGGACGAGUACGCCGAGUACAUCUACCAGCGCCGGCCCGAGUACCGCCACCUGUCAGCGGGCGACAUGGCGGCCCAGAAGGAGCUGAGGAACCGCCUCAACUGCAAGGACUUCAAGUGGUUCAUGAGGGAGGUGGCCUGGGAUCUGCCCAAACACUACCCGCCGGUGGAGCCCCCUGCUGCCGCCUGGGGGGAGAUUCGUAACGUGGGCAGCGGCAUGUGUCUGGAGAGCAAGCACUUUGUGUCGGGGAGUCCUAUCCGCCUGGAGAGCUGUGUGAAGGGCCGGGCCGAGGUCAGCUGGAGCCACGGACAGGUGUUCACGUUCGGCUGGAGAGAGGACAUCCGGGUGGGCGACCCCAUGCACACUAAAAAGGUCUGCUUCGACGCCGUUUCCCACAACAGCCCCGUCACCCUGUACGACUGCCACGGCAUGAAGGGGAACCAGCUGUGGCGCUACAGAGAGGUACGGCAGAGGAAAACCAACACCGGCGUCGAACCCCAAACCCAGAGGAGACGAGUCACUCAGUGGAGGAAGUGA